UCUGCUAACAAGCACAUCUGCAACGAGUUUAGAAAACAAUUUUAAUUAAACGUGAUUUCAUGUACCGUGCAAAAAUGAGGGUGUUUUUGUUAUUUUUUAUAUUUCAGUGUAACAUGUCAACUAAAAUGUAUUCAAUGGUUGUCGAGGAUGACGUCAACGACUUAUCAAACGGAUUAACGACAUUUUCACCAUUGUCUAACGAAGUCACUAAAAACACGUAUUUGACGUUGAAUAAACAGAAUAAACAUCGAGGGUCAUUAGUAGGAAAAGAAUAUAAACCCUAUACAGAGAUUCGUUCUUUAAAAAUUAGUCAAAAUGAUGGGAAACAUAAAGACCAAGCAACAUUAUUGAGUUUUAAUGAUUCGGCUGUAAACAAAAGCGACGCAAAAUAUCGUAGUUCAGUUAUCACAUCUCCGAGCAUGUGCUUAUUAAUAUUACUAUCUGAUUCAAUCAGAAAAGAAAGAACAUUGUCCAAGCAUGUAUUUGACGAACGUUUGAGAAAAAGAAAUACUGUUGAUAAAGGUGAUAAUGCAAUCAACGUUCUAUCGAGGACAAAGCAAAAGAAAGCGAAAGCAUUAGGUCGUUUACUAUUGAACAACGUUUCGAACAAAAAUGACGAAGAUUUUCAAGACGAUUAUAUCGAAGACGAGGGCGACGAUUAUUCUGAAGAUGAAAACAGAAACAAGAUGAAUUGGGAAGAUUAUCAAAACGAGGAUGGUGCAACUGUAAUGGAGUUAAUAGCUUUGGACGCAAGACAUAAGAAACAUAUGCGACAAACUUCUAAAAAUGAUUAUCUGUAUUAA